AUGAUUCCGAGACCAACAAUAGUUCAAGGCGGAGGAGGAGGCGACAUCGACACGGAUCUUCCGCCUCCGCCCCCGCCUCCUACAUAUUUUACCCUUCCUGCACCUAAUGACAACCCAUCCGUCGUUCAAUCAAUUAAAGAUUGGCUGUCAAACUGCGAUCGUCAUCAUAGUGAUGUCUGCGAUAGAUCAUCUUUGUCAUCUGACAUAGAGCCGAAAACGUCUUGGCUCAUUGAUGUCAGGGAUCGCUGUAUAGUGCGAGGGAAUGCUUCAAGCGACUAUCUGGCCCUUAGCUAUACUUGGCAAAACAAGACGAGCCUGAUCGGAAAGGACUCCGAGUUACAGCUAUUCAGCAACAACAUCGACAUAUUAACGGCCGUCGACGCUCUGGAGCAGUAUAAAUCGAAACUACCCAAAGUUAUACUGGACGCUAUAGAGUUAACGAGCGCUAUUGGGAAAAGGUACCUAUGGGUGGAUAGACUCUGCAUUGUUCAAGACAAUCCAGAUAAAGCAACGGAGUUUUCAUCAAUGGAUCGCAUUUAUUCUGGCGCAUGUAUGACGAUUGUUGCUGCAGCCGAGUAUGGGAUGUUCUCUACCCCUAAUGCGACUAUUCACAGCCCAGAAAUAAGGCAUUUAACGUCUAUUCGCUGCUCGGAGUCAGAUUUGAAAGAUCUAACCAAACUAGCCAAGGCCGCCAGAGCAGAUCGUAUCCAGUCUUACUACGAGACACUGUGUCGGUCUAAGUGGGCACAAAGAGCUUGGACAUACCAAGAGCACAUACUCAGCAAGCGGGUCGUCUUCUUUCUGGGCUCGGGGAUAUUCUGGCAGUGCGAGUGCGCAGUCUGGGAUUCAAGUCAACUUCGACCACAACAGGAUGACAAACUUUCAUCAUGGACUUUGUCGGAUGUAGCUCCUAUGAGGCAGCUCUCUGUACCAACCUGGCCCGACUUCAGUAUCUAUGCUGACCUGGUUUGUCCUUAUAACGGACGAGAGUUAUCACAUGCAGAAGACGGUCUCUCUGCAAUCUUGGGAGUCUUGAACUAUCUGGCUCCUGCAUUCCCACAAGGCUUCUUAUUCGGGUUACCUCGGCUUUAUAUGGACCACGCACUGCUCUGGCAACCAUUGAAAGGGACCUAUCGUUUUGCAUGGUGCCCAGAAAGCGGCGGCCACAGGCCAAGCGACCUCGCAACUCGAAGGCCCACGCUGCCGUCCUGGGCCUGGUGUGGAUGGCAAUGCUUUAUUGACCCUGACAGUUUUCGAUCAGCUCUGAACACUGCUCAUGAGGGCCACGAUAAAACAAGUGCUGAGAGCUCGUGGAAACUGCAAAACAUCGUCACUUGGGAUCAUAUGGUCUCAUCAGACGAAUCCGCAAACGGUACAUUAUCCAUAUCAAAUCACAUUUCAGCUACCGUAGCUCGCGCGUUCUUCCUUCCUGCGGCGACGUUGGGGUUAGAAUACGCGUCCACUAUGAGAAAAACUGGAUUCUACUGGGCGUUCGCGAACCCGGUGCUGGUUCAUAACCCUCUAACUAGCCUGUCCAAGGUGGUUGUUGUUCGCGAUACAGCAGGGAGAUUUUCAGGCAUAAUUCGUAUCACAGGGGAUGCGACGUGUAAACCAGGAGAGCCUAUUGAGCUUAUUGCAAUCUCGAAAGGAAGUGCAAAGGGUAGAUGUUUACGGAGCUGCUACGAGGAAAAGGUUCUACGAAGGAGUAGGUACUCGAAUCCAAGGCGCUUCCACGCUGUAUAUGAUCGCGCUGGGCGAUGGGUAGGCAUUGAAGAUAAGAUAUCCCGGGAAGAUGGCCAUAACUAUAAGGUCAUCGCCAUAGGGGAUCAUGAGGAGAUUCUGGAGCUGCCGGAGUAUGCGGAUGCUGAAGAGUACCAAUUCUAUAAUGUUCUCUGGGUUCAACGCGGCGAUAAUGAUGUGGCAUAUAGGGCUGGCUGCGGACGCGUGUUGGUGGAAGCUUGGGAGAAAGGUGAUCCGGAAAACAUAAGGAUAAAUUUAGGUUAA